AUAACCGGGCGAGAUUUGCGGGAGCUUGUCUUACAGAAAUGGGGUCGCAGCUACGAUGUGCGACUAUGCAAGCUGCAAGGACGCAUGUACCUUCAAGGCAAGCACAUACUCUCUGGACUGAUGUGGAAGUUCUUGGAGCAGCGCUCUUUUCCCUUAAGCGAAACAGAGUACAUGCAGCAGCUGGAUGCAGUGGCUGAAUACCUAAACGACUGGGGC